AUGGAACCUGCCAGGUCGUUGGAUUCUGAUCAGAUCGGAUCUGUCAGGGUUAGUCCCGGACGAAUCUUCAUGGUGGAUUUGCAUCAUGAGUCACGGUCAAUUGCCUGGCUUUUGGGGGUCUUUUUGCGCAGGCCUCCCAUGCUGCAAGCGGUCGUCCUCGCGCGCGACGUGGGAGCGAACUCGUGUGAUUCCUUGACCAUCGGCCCCCGCGGGGACUGUCAAAUGGACGUGUGGCAUGGGGAGUGUCAAACAGCUAAAGGGGAAGGAGAGCCAAAGAGGCUCAGCACGCUUUGUUGUGGGUGCCAUUCUUGA